ACUAGGAUAUGCUAUCAAUUAAUAUUAGCAUGAGAGAUAGAUAUUCUCAUCACUUAAGCAAACGAUUGAUAUUUGAACCCCAACCCUUGUAUAUAUAGCAUUUAGUUAAGAAUGAUCUACACAUCCCUCUAAUUAAUAUCUUGAGGGAGAUAUUUCUCAUUGUUGGCAAAGCCUACUCCUUAUAUUUCCCAAAAAAAGAAAAUAGAAUACGUUGGCCGGUGGCCCAUUCUUUUGCAACUUCACACAUCCAUGAACAUAUAAUUUGAAUUGGUUGUUUAAUUAAAUUUAGAUCAUCUUUAUUUAACAUCACAACUUUAUUGGACCAUGUUCAGUUUUAGUUUAGGCUAAUCCAUCACAAAAGCUAGUCAUUUCUACGUAAGUUGUGAACUCGACUGGGAAAACGUGAACAUACAAUAUAUUUGACAAAUACAGGUCUCUUGAUGCUUGCUCAGCUUUCUAUAUUGCAGGAUCACCAGUGUGAGACAGUAUCAGGCUCUGCGUGUGAAGCGUUUGGAUACAUCCCAAAAAGUGGUGAAAGCACCAAAGUUGUUUUUGAAAGGGAAAAUGAUGAAUCAGACACUGACCACCAGUAUUUAAAGCGAAAGUAUCGGUCAUUCAAACUUGAGAUUCUAGAAGCAAAUGCUAGAAAAGUGAUUGCCGUCCGAUUUGAACACGGAAAUAGUGAUGAAGAAUUGUUCGGGACAACUGCUUCUGUCCCAAAAAGCAUGAAGAGAAAACGGAAAAUAUUGAUGCAUCCACAAAGAGAACAUGGAAAUGUUGGUAAUUCCAUUGAUGUAGAAAAUAUUGAUGGAGAUGCAUCCACAAAGCGACCACAAAAUGCCCUCUCUUCUGGAAGAUAUUGA